GACGUCGUCGCAGUCAUCCAGAGUAAUAUUACUCUAUGCAGUCAUCGCACAACAAUUUUGUUGUUGAUUUCCUACACGUGAUAAAAGUAAAAAUUUGUUUUAUCAUUGUUAUGGGCACUUUGCGGCCGCCCGUGAUCAGGCAUACUUGUUACUGUUAUCAUAGCGCGUGAUUAAAAUUUUUUUAUUCUCCUUUUUAUCAUUCUAAACGAGGUUUUGAAAUUUGAAUAAGCGCUGGUGAUUAUUGUUUACAACAAGUAGCCAAGUAGGUAUAGUACUCAUACUUACGUCAAGUCCAUUUCUACACGGUAAAGGUCAUUUCUAUUGGAAUCCAAGCGAGUCGAACAAACUGUUUCGACGGGACGAUUCGACGACUUCGCCGCCGCACGGUUUUGAAAUAUUCAAUUCAGAAAUUUCAAUUAAAUAAUACACAAUGUCGAUCAAGGAUGUACGUUUUGGUUUCAAUUUUCUUACAGACACAAAUAUCAAGGCAUGUAUGGAUUCUGUAAAAGAAUUGGAACUUACUUUUGCCUGUUUACCUGUGUCAAGUCUUAGAUUAAAAUCUAAUUUUAAAGUAUUAGAUCCAUCUAGUACCGUCAUGAAUCCUGAGUUUUGUCAAAAGUGGUGUCAUUGUGUUGUUGCAAGCAUUUCUCAACCUAACGUUGAUUCGGAAAUUGAAAGUACCAGACUAGAAAAUCAAAAAUCUUUUACACAAGACAUUUCAUGGGCUUCAUUUUUAAAUGUUUAUUGCAUUAUGUUUGAGUUACCACUACAUGGAGAUGUUGUAAAUUUGGUUAGAUUGCUAGACAAUCAAAUUGAUAUAUAUAUAAAUUCCGCUGUAUUAAUUCAGUUUUGGGCAUUAGUACCAAUAGUCAACUUAAAAACAGACCCGUGGAAAAAAUGGACUAAAUUCAUAUCAUCAAUAAGAAAUGUAAAUAGAGUAAAAUUAGCAUUGGAAAUCGGGCCUGAGCUUCCCAGUGACGAAGAACUUGACCGUUGGCUAGGAGAACCAGUUGCAGCUUUAAUAAUACAGUCUAAAAUAUUUAUGACAAAUAAAAAAGGUUACCCAGUGUUAUCUAAGCCUCAUCAAGAAUUUAUCAAAAAAAUGUUCAAUAUAGGCUGUCAAAUUGUAAUAUCUGGACAGUUAGGUAUUAAACAACAAUUCAAUUAUUUAGGCUAUCUAUACCAAAAUACUACAUCAUUAACCCCUUAUAGUUCUGACUUUAUAAGCGGCUUUGAAGAUUAUCUUCAGACACCAUUACAACCAUUGAAACAUAAUUUACAGUCGUAUGUUUAUGAGACUUUUGAGCAAGAUCCUAUCAAGUAUUAUGAGUAUCAAAGAGCAAUAUCAAAAGCUUUAAUUGAUAAAUAUGAAGAUAAAGUACUUGUUGUUUAUGUUGUUGGCGCUGGCCGUGGUCCAUUAGUAGAUGCUACGUUUGAAGCAGCUAAGGAAUCAAAUAUUAAAGUCAAAAUAAGUGCCAUUGAGAAAAAUGAAAAUGCAUUACCAUCAUUAUUCUAUAAAAAUAAAGAAAAAUGGGAAAAUCGUGUUACUAUUAUUAAUGAGGAUAUGCGGUUAUGGAAUCCAUCAGAAAAAUGUGAUAUUUUAGUAUCAGAGCUAUUGGGGUCUUUUGGUGAUAAUGAAUUAUCUCCAGAGUGUUUAGAUGGAGCUCAAAAUUAUUUGAAAAAAGAUGGAAUCAGUAUACCUUCAAGUUAUACUUCUUAUCUAGGACCAAUACAAUCACGUAAAUUGCAUGCAGAAAUAUCGUCCAUUAGAAAAAAUAAUGAUAAUUGUAACUUUCAAAAACCUUAUGUAGUACAAUUAAACAAUGUCUAUUCUAUAGCUCCACCAAAAGCCCUUUUUACAUUUGUUCACCCAAAAAAAAAUUUAGAAGAGAGUAAUAACAGAGAUGGGUUUUUGAAAUUCAAUAUCUCCCAAGAUUGUGUUUUGCAUGGAUUUGCUGGUUACUUUGAAACAGUACUUUAUAAAGACGUACGUCUUAGCAUUGUUCCAGAAUCAUUUAGUGAUGGCAUGUUCAGUUGGUUCCCUGCUUACUUUCCUCUAAUAAAACCAAUAUUACUCGAUAAAGGAGAAGAAAUUCAAAUCAAUUUUUGGCGGUCCAGUAACAAGUUUAAAGUGUGGUAUGAAUGGUGUAUGACAAGACCGUAUCAGAGCAUUAUACACAAUAUAAAGGGAGAAAUGUAUUUUAUGUCACUCUAAUUAAUUUUGUUUACUUUGAAUUGUCAAUGUGUUUAUUUUGUAAUAACUGAAAUAUAUUUUUUUUUAUUCUAAUAUAUUAUCAAACUACAAGGUUAUAAAAUAUUUUUGACGACUUAUACAAAUUUGAAUAUUUAUUAUUUAUGUUAAAGAAGCUGCCAAAUGAUUGAUGAUAAUGAAAAUUUUGUCAACUUUAACCGCUACAAUUUUAUUUUGUAUACAAUUUUUUUUAUUUUUACUUUAUAAUAUAAAAUAUUAAUGAAAUAUUUUUUUCAAUGGUUGUAUGUGUUUAAAUAGUCCUUAUUUUUAGAAUAUUAACACUAUUAACUUUAAUAUUAUUGUAUUUUACCAAUUUUCUUUUAUACAGCCUUAACUUUUAAUUAUAUUAUUGUUAGUACUUACAUUGAAAUGAGUUAUAUCUACAUACAUGUAGAUCAGGCAUAUCAAACACGUGGUCAAAUAUUUUUUAUGGUCCGCGAUUACCUUAAUUAAUAAUUAAUUGUAAAAAUAAAUUUAUAAAUUAAAAAUGUAUACAAUUUUCAUUUUGCGUCAUAAUUAUGUUUAAGUCUUAGAAAUGGCUUCGUCCAAUAAGAUUUCACCCAAAAUAGAAAAGUUAGUGGCAGGAAAUAGAGAUAUCAAAUAUCGCAAACUUCAAAAAAUAAUUAUUAUUAAUUUGAUUUUUUUUUUGUAAUUUAAAUAUUACUUACCUGAUUUAUAAUAAAUAAAUUUUUUAUAAUUGAAUUAAUAAUAAAUGUUAAUGAAUUUAAUUGUACCGGUUGUGUUUGUAAUGAAUAAAAUUAAAAAUUUGUAUAAAAUAUUAAUUGUUUUGUUACAUUUUUAUGUGCGGCUGUCGGCUGCAUAGUAAACUAUUCAAUAUUUUUGGCUCAGUUAAUACUUUGAGUUGGACAUGCCUGAUGUAAAUUGUGGGUAUACUAAUUAAAUACACUAUUGUUUAAAAUUGUUACUGUAAUGUGUGACUGCACAAUAGCUAACCAAACAAAACAAAGCUAUUAGUUGUCAUAAAAUGCUUAAGCACCUGUUUAAUAGUAAAAAUAUUUAUAAAUAUUAAUUUAGUGCAAGUACCUAUCAAGGGUUAUAAUAUUUUGUAUAUUUAUAUUUAAUUGUAUAAGUAACCGAACAUUACACAAAUAAAGCUGUAUUGAACUAUUUUUGACAGUUAUACACAAUUUAUUUUUUAAACUAAAUAAUGUAAAAAGUAUAUUUAGUAUUAAAUAUUAAUAUAUGAUAAUUAAUAAUAAUAAUAGUUAACA